AUGUCGGUGCGCAGACCGGCCUUCGUGAAGCUGCACCCUGCCGACACUUGCGCUGGCUUGCCCCGCGUGUUUCUUGAACAGCACCCCGACAGUUUCGAGCCCCAGACCAACCCCUACACUGGCUUCAAAGAGAAAUGGGGCUUCAGUGAGGACGAUGACGGCGAGCCCAUGGCGUUCAUGAUGCGCUCCAUGACCUGUCAGUCGAUGUACGGGCCCCACAGCAGCCAAGGCCUGAAGAAGCCAGGCAAGCCUCCUGAGCAGCAGUUUGUGGAUGUGCUGAUCGCGAAGAAAGUGCGGGCACUGGAGGCUGGCAAGGAGGCGGCGGAACCCUUCUACCGGCGGGACUUCAUACUCGACAUCGACCUGGCCUGCCCCGACCCGCAGUUCCGGCACGAGCCGCGCGUGUGGCGGCGGGUGCGCGUGUCGGGCGGCACGCAGCUCACCGCGCUGCAGGACAAGGUCAUCACGCCCGUCAUGGGCUGGGUCCGGAACUACCAUGGCCACCUGUGGACAGACUACCGCGACGGCGCCCUGCUGGGAGACCCUGCGUCCCAGGCCAUUGACAUGAUGCACGUCAGCCUGCACUACCACGGUUUUGUUGAUGAGCGGCCCUGGCGCCUGGCUGACAUCCUGCGGGAGGUGGGCCAGCAGAUGAGCUACACGUAUGACAUAGGUGACAACUGGCGCCACGUCAUCACUGUGGUGGAGGUCCUGCCCGAGGAGGAAAGCACCGGCCGGGCGGCUGUGCUGGAUGGCGCCAUGGCGUGCCCGCCUGAGGACAGCAGCGGCAUGGAGGGCUCAGGCUCCGGAUCCUACCAGGAGUUCCUGGACCAGAUGCUGGACCCCGCCUACCAGCGUACCGCCGAGUACCGCACCCGCAUGCACAAGGCCCGCCGCGGCUUCCAGCCCCAGCGCUUUGUGCUGGCAGAGGCGCAGGCGGCGCUGGAGGCGGCACUGGCGAGCCGGGCCAGCGUCUCCUCUGGCUCCAAGCAGUUUGUGACCCCCCUGGGAAUGUGGGGCGACGGCAGGCAUGGGGCCGGCGUGGAUGGGCUGAUAGGCGGCGCGCUGGGGCGGGGGCAGCAGCUGCGGCAGCAGGCCGAGCCCACUGGCUCCAUCCUGACGGAGACGGUGGCAACCUGCAAGGACCCGCGGGGAGUGGCGGUGUGUGCCAACUGCGGCAACCCCAACAACCUGAUGAGCUGCGGAGGGUGCAAGCUGCUCCGUUUCUGCGGGCGCCAGUGCCAACUGCAAGCCUGGCCCCGGCACAAACAGGACUGCAAGGCCGAGCAGAAGCGGCGGGCAGAGAAGGCGGCAAAGACAGGCGCUGCCAGCAGCAGCUAG